AUGGACUUGCAGAAGAACCCAAGCAGCACGAGCUUUGUGCCGUGUGGCGGCGAAGAUGGAGUUCAAUUGGCGGCGAAUCAAAUGUCGGAGAUUAUCGAAAAAGUCGGAUCCUACUCCGCCUUCCGGAAAACUCAGCGGAAAGAGUGUCUCAACUUGGUAAGAAGAUUGAAGCUUCUGACCCCUCUUUUGGAAGAGAUUAAAGAACUCCAGCCUUCCGCCAUUUCCGAUGACAAUCUAAGCAAGCUUGUUCAUCUCAACAAAUCGCUUUUGGCUUCUAAGAAGCUUCUCAAGUCCUGCAACUCUGACAGCAAAAUUUUUCUGGCCAUGGAGAGUGAGGCAGUGAUGAGCAGAUUUCACGGCGUUUACGAUAUGAUAAACGAGGCUCUGACCAAAAUGCCUUACGACGAGCUAGGCAUAUCUGAAGAAGUUAAAGAGCAAGUGGAGCUAAUGCACAGUCAGCUUAGCCGAGCCAAGAGGCGAACGGACACACAAGACAUGGAGCUGGCAAUGGACAUGAUGGUCGUUUUCUCUCGAAAUGACCAGCGUGGCGCCGAUGAUGCCAUAAUCGAGCGCCUCGCCAAGAAACUCGAUCUAUACACACCGGCCGAUCUCAAAGCUGAAACGACAGCUGUCAGAAAACUCGUCAAGGCCAAGGGCAAAUGCGCCGUUCAACGUGUUAUGGACCUCCUCCAAAAAUUCAAACUUGUAGCUGGGAUCGAUGAUGAAAGCAUGCUCGACAAGCCGGCUCUCAUCAAGUGCUUGGAGAAGAGCCGUUCUCUGUUGAUCCCUCACGAGUUCCUCUGCCCGAUCAGCUUGGAGAUCAUGUCCGAUCCCGUCAUUAUUUCCACCGGGCAGACUUACGAACGGGAGAGCAUCCAGAAGUGGCUCAACUCCGGGCACAGGACUUGCCCGAAAACUGGGCAGAAACUGAAUUACCUGACGGUGGCUCCGAAUUUCGCCCUCCGCAACCUUAUCCAGCAAUGGUGCGAAAAGAACAAUUACGAGCUCCCCAAGAAAGAAAUUUACGACGACCCCCACAUAGCCUCGUCACCGCUCGCUGACGAAAUAUCUUGCCUUAUCCAAAACUUAUACACUUCCGACACCGAAAUGAAAAAGGAAGUCAUUGUAAGAAUUCGCGUGCUCUCCAAAGAAUUUCCCGACAGUCGAACCCUCAUCGCCAGUGCCGGAGGACUCCCUCCUUUAGUCUCUCUCCUCUCGUAUUCAGAUCCCGAAACACAGCAGCACAUUGUCACGGCUCUUCUAAACCUCUCGCUCGACGAGGCCAAUAAGAAGCUCAUAGCAAGAGAAGGAGCUAUUCCUGCCAUUAUCCAAGUCCUGAGAAAAGGGACGCAAGAGGCUAAGGAGAAUUCGGCCGCCGCCAUUUUCAGUCUCUCGGUUGUCGACGAGAACAAGGUCUUGGUCGGCUGUUCCAAUGGGAUUCCGCCACUUGUCAGGCUACUCCAAACUGGGACGGAUAGAGGGAAAAAAGAUGCGGCCACUGCACUUUUCAGUUUAGUGCUCAACCAAACGAAUCGGUCGAGAGCAAUCAAGACAGGGAUAAUACCUCCGUUGCUUCAUUUGCUCGAGAACAAGACGCUGGAUAUGGUCGAUGAAGCUCUCUCGAUUUUGUUGCUUAUCGCUUCGCAUCCCGAUGGGAGGAAUGAAAUCGGGCGGCUUUCGAUUGUGCAGACUCUGGUGAGGAUAGUGAGGGAAGGGACUCCGAAAAACAAAGAGUGUGCCACGGCAGUUAUUCUAGAGUUGGGGUCGAAUAACUCUUCUUGUAUGCUGGCGGCACUGCAGUAUGGUGUUUAUGACCAUUUAGUGGAGAUUACGAAGACAGGUACAACAAGAGCACAGAGGAAAGCGAAUUCACUUUUGCACCUGAUGAGGAAGAACGAGCAUCUACCGUUUGUUCCUCGGAAAUAG